UACAGUCAAUUUUGGCGCCAAACAGGAAGACUUGUUUGCAAAUGACAAGUUGCACCGGUCUUCUAGUUUUGUGUAUAUAAAUAAUUACAUUUGUACUUUGUUUUGUAGUUUGCACUAAAUUUAAAACUAAAGAGACGAUAUAUAAAUAAAAAAUGGAAGGAUUUGACGAUCCCGGUGUAUUUUUCUCCGACAAUUUCGGUGUUGAAGAAAACGAAUCUCAUGACCAUAUUAACUUGCAAGGGGUUAAAAAACAGUUCAAAGAGUUCAUUAGACAGUUUCAUACAGGAAAUUUUAAUUUUAAAUACAGGGAUGCUUUGAAACGUAACUAUAACCUACAACAGUUCUGGGUCGAGAUUAACAUCGAGGAUUUAUCCAGUUUUGAUGAGGUUCUGGCUGAGAAACUUUAUAAAAAACCGACAGAACAUUUACCAAUAUUAGAGGAAGCUGCUAAAGAGUUAGCUGAUGAGCUGACAGCUCCAAGGCCUGAAGGUGAGGAGAAAGUAGAAGACAUACAAGUUUUACUAUCUUCCGAUGCACAUGCUGCUAACUUACGAGAGCUUAAAUCUGAAACAGUGUCCAGACUAGUAAAGAUACCAGGCAUUGUGAUAUCAGCGUCAGGAAUCAAAGCGAAAGCAACUAAAAUAUCAAUCCAGUGCAGAUCAUGUCGCAAUGUUAUACCCAACCUGCCUGUUAAACCUGGCCUGGAAGGUUAUGUUAUGCCUAGAAAAUGUAAUACGGAACAAGCUGGAAGACCAAAGUGUCCCCUGGACCCAUAUUUCAUCAUACCAGACAAAUGUAAAUGCAUUGAUUAUCAGGUGUUGAAACUGCAAGAAGCACCUGAGUCAAUACCCCAAGGUGAAAUGCCUCGCCACCUAACAGUAUACUGUGAUAGAAUGCUGUGUGAGCGAGUGGCCCCCGGAGCUAGAGUCACUGUGCUGGGAAUAUACUCUAUUAAGAAGAUAGCCAAGAUUGGGAGAGAAGGUCGCGACAAAGGGUCGGUUGGUGUGCGGUCCUCCUACAUCCGCGCUGUGGGAUUGACGGCUGAAGAAGGGGUGACCGGUGGCCUCAGGCCCUUCACUUCUGAUGAAGAGGAGCAGUUCAGGCGACUGGCUGCUUCUCCUGACGUUUACGAGCGGAUCGCCAUGUCUAUAGCGCCCAGCGUUUUCGGAGUGCAGGACAUGAAGAAAGCCAUUGCUUGUCUGCUGUUUGGAGGUUCCCGUAAACGACUGCCAGACGGACUGACCCGGCGUGGUGACAUCAAUAUACUGCUGCUGGGUGACCCUGGAACAGCCAAAUCACAGCUGCUGAAGUUUGUGGAGAAGGUGGCCCCCGUGGGCGUUUACACUUCUGGAAAAGGCUCCAGUGCGGCUGGACUUACUGCCUCAGUUAUAAGGGAUCCUGCCAGUAGAAACUUCGUAAUGGAGGGCGGUGCGAUGGUUCUAGCUGAUGGUGGCGUAGUUUGCAUCGACGAAUUCGACAAAAUGCGUGAAGACGACCGCGUCGCCAUCCACGAGGCUAUGGAACAACAGACCAUUUCCAUCGCCAAGGCGGGUAUAACCACAACGUUAAACUCGCGGUGUUCAGUGCUUGCGGCUGCUAACUCGGUUUUCGGGCGAUGGGACGACACCAAGGCGGAAGACAACAUCGACUUUAUGCCCACCAUUCUUUCGAGAUUUGACAUGAUCUUCAUUGUUAAGGACGAGCAUGACCAGAAUAGAGAUAUUACUCUCGCGAAGCACAUAAUCUCCGUGCACAUGGGCGGUGACAGUGCAGAGCGUCAAGCGGCGGCCGGGGAACUACCGCUAGCUCUCCUCCGACGUUACGCCGCGUACUGUCGCGCUAGGUGCGGCCCACGGCUCUCCGCAAACUCUGCGGAGCGACUGGGAGCUAGAUACGUGCUCAUGAGGUCCGGUGCAUCCUUGCAGGAGAGGCAGGCGGAUAAACGUCUUCCUAUACCUAUCACAGUCAGACAACUUGAAGCAGUAAUCCGUAUAUCAGAGUCCCUUGCUAAGAUGCAACUACAGCCGUUCGCAACGGAAGCUCACGUAACUGAGGCAUUACGGCUCUUCCAGGUGUCGACACUGGACGCUGCCAUGACAGGCAGCUUGGCUGGUGCCGAGGGUUUCACAUCGGAAGAAGACCACGAAAUGCUGUCACGUGUUGAAAAGCAGUUGAAACGAAGGUUCGCAGUCGGCUCUCAGGUGUCCGAGCAGACGAUUAUUCAAGACUUCCUCAGACAAAAGUAUCCGGAGAGAGCCAUCAUCAAAGUCAUACACACUAUGAUCAGACGUGGAGAGUUACAGCAUCGUCUUCAAAGAAAAAUGCUUUACAGGCUCUCGUAGAACUAUUUUUAUGUUUGUGUUAAUGUAUUAAUAGUUGUAUUAUUGUUUGUUUUUAUUCCAUUACAAGUUAGUGAGUAAGUUACAAUUUAAUUUAAUAUUAGAUGUUGCUAACCUACAUGGGGAUUGAGGUCCGAUAACCUGUCCUUCGCACACUUCUAUUUGAGAAUUAAUUCAAACCCUGAAUCACUUUAAACAGAAAGUCCCUAGUUGGAUUACUUGGGUUACUUUACUUGGCAGAAAAGCUGUACUUUCCACUAAAAGUGGAAUUACCAUCAGCUCUAUGACACAUUGUUAUAUUUUCAAAUGUUCAAAGCAUUAGAUAACUUCCAAUAAUACUCAAAACUUAUAAACUUACUCCUUUAAGUCAAUAGAAAAAAAAACUAACAGGGUUUUAUUAUUAUAGAAUUUAAGGUUCCAGUAAAAAGCUACAUAGAAACCAAUAGGUGUUUACCUAAUACCAGGGCACAAUAUAUCUUUUCAUAAGAUUAGAUUAGUAUAAUAAAUUCAUUCCCGCACUAGGUUGCACCAUUAAACAUGAAUCAUAAAUAGGUUGACAUUUAUCCAGUAGCAAUCCAGCGUUGUAUUGAAUCGAUGAAAGUUACAGUACAAUUUUGUUAACAUAUCCCAAACAAGCAUAGGAAAAUUUCAUCUACAAGCAAUAAUUCAUAAUCAUUGCCUGUACAUCAAAUUUUGUAUACAUUUUAUCUCAUAUCACAAUCCAAAUAGCAAUACUGUGAUGGAUUAUAUAGUUGAAUGUGAAUUUAAAUUCUAUUCAAUGUUCUAUUUUUAUUCAGGUUAUAUUAACUUUGCUAUGUGUAUUGAGAUUGUAUGAUCUAGGAAAUAAAAAAUCAACUAAUAUUUU